AUGUUUCAACCUACAUCACCACCUCCUCCUGUACCAUCUCAUCAGUAUCAACCUGCUGCUGCUGCUGUUCCCAAGAGACACAGCGACACUCUGUCAUUGGAUUUUGACUCUACAACCAGCGACGAUGAAUCAGAGACAUUAGAACCUUCAUAUCAAAAAUACAAGACAGAAGAACACAAGUUCUGGCAAGUGCAUUCAAGCACAACGAUUAUUUCACCUCUCAUGGCGGCAUCAGAUUAUGCUGCCAUCUCCAUGUCGUAUGUGAAUCCUAAAUUAGCCAAGAAACAACAACAACCACAAAAGAAGCAAGUGGCUUUAUCAUUAGCUGCUCAGGUACAACGCAUCUUGGGAUCUACAUUUGACGAAAUUGAUGAUGAAAUUGAAAACGAAUGGCAAAGCAGUCGAACCAAAUUAAAUCAAACCUUAGUUCAUGUGCCAAGUAUUUCAUUGACCAUGACAUCCUAG